AUGGCCACCCCCAAUGUUCUUACCUUUGACGCUGAGGGGAGGGCCAUUGACUUUGCCGUCUGGAUUGAAGACCUGCAGCUGUACUUACUGUGUGAUGCGAUAGAUGAGGUCUCUCUCUUUGACUUUGUCUCUGGCGCUGUCCCUGCCCCACCUGCUGAUGCUGACUCUGCCGUUCGCUCCAAGUGGGCGACCCGCGAUGCUGCUGCACGUCUUGCUGCCUUGUACGACGCUGUAGUUGCACGCUACUCCUCCCCUUCCUCCGCUACCCUUAGCCGCCUCAUGCUACCGUUUCUCUUCCCUGACCUCGCUUCCUUUCCCACUGUCGCUGACCUCGUUACCCACCUCCGUGCUAGUGACACCCGCUACCGCGCUGCCCUUCCUGCUGAGUUCCGCGCUGCGAACCCUCCUCCCAUGUACAUCACUCUCUACUUUCUCGUCACCCGUCUCCCUGAGUCCCUUCGUGUCGUUAGGGACCAGUUUCUCUCUGGGCCUCUCGGGGUGACCCUCGCACCCCCUAUCUUUGAGGGGUGUGGUCCUUCCCCCCUGCUGCCCUCUGUCGCCUCUGCCGCUGCGGCCGACCUCACUGGUUUUGAGUCGGUCGGCGCGGCGUCUGCCCCCAGCGGCAGACGCCGCGCUGGCAAGGGCAAGGGGGGCAAGGGAGCGGGUGGAGCUAGAGGGGGCGGUGGAGGAGGCGGUGGGGGUGGCGGGGGGAGUGGGGGUGGCGGUGGGGGUGGUGGCGGGAGUGGAGGUACUGGUGGCGGCGGUGGAGGCGGAGGUGGCGGCGGAGGUGGUAGCGGAGGAGGCGGUGGGAGCGGUGGGAGCGACGGUCCUGGUGGGGGAGGUGGAGGUGGAGACGGGGGGUGGCGGUGGAGGCGGGGGUGGCAGUGGAGGCGGGGGUCGGAGUGGCUCGUCCCAGCGGAGCAGCUCCGGGGGUGGGUCCUGCCCCUUCAGGUGUGUCCCAGGUAG